GAUGAAUACGACGCAGGGGUUGCUCAAUCACCUUUAUUACUUUUGGCCAUUUUUGCAAUUGCUUCUAAAUAUUCACCUGACCCAAUGUGUCGGUCGGUCCCUAUGCGUGCUCAGACUGCAGGUGAAGAUUACUGUAAGACUGCAUGCCGGUUGAUUGAUGAGUUCAUGGAUUAUCCCAGAUUAUCAACUAUUCAGGCAUUACUCAUUCUGGGAAAGCAUCUAGAAGAAUCCAAAAACCAGAGAGUGUUUUCGAAGAGCUUUAUGUACAUUGGGAUGGCGGUUCGGAUGGCCAUGGAUAUGGGUCUGAACAGGGAUUGUUCUGGUUGGGGGCUUGAUCCAAUCCAGGAAGAAUAUCGGAACCGGAUCUGGUGGUUCCUAUAUGUCUAUGAUCGGCUACAGGGAGCUACUUACGGACGGCCGUACCUGAUUCAAGAUCAAGAC